AUGCAAGCGGAACUGCGGUUGGAAGGCUUGAAACUUGCGAGUGCUAAAGUGCAAGCGGAUUCCGCAUUUUUGAAAGUCCCGGCAAACUUGGAUUUGGUGAAGCCACCUGAAGCAUUGGUUGGCCCUGAAGAAAAAUGGGUCAAUGUUCACUUGCUGAAAGCUCGUUGGUUGAUUUAUCGGUAUUGGGCGAACCUUUUGAUCCGAGCCUUGAAUGGAAAAAUCGACACAGAAGCAGAAAAAUACAAGGAGCUGGUAGGACGUUACAAGGAAGCCCAAGAUGGGGCAUUAUUGCAGCACAUGCAGUGCUUGGACGUCGUUGGAAUGACUACAACAGGCGCUGCUCGGAACAUUUCUCUUGUACAGAACAUGCGAGCGAAAAUUCGAGAUCACCAACAACUGAAGCCGUCAACAACCGUAUUCCAGCUCGCAAAAAAAUUUGGACUGGAUGUUUCUCUGUUCGAAAGAAUGUUGAAAAAUCGUGUUCCAUUCAUCUACAAGACCACUAAAAGCGUCUUGAGCUACAAUGAUAUACUUGGCGUUGACAAAAACGUGUUUUUCGUCUCUCACAACAUCCCGGAAGAAUCGAAUGAGGACCUGAAGAGCAAAAGCAACGAAGUGGAGGCGAAGUUUUUGUUGGCGUUGUGCAGGUAUCUUUUGUUGCAAGGUUACAAGCAUGAGCAAAUCACUAUCCUAACGGGGUAUUCUGGACAGCUUUUUGUCUUCAAGAAGUUGUUGGCUAACUUUCCAAGUCACAAAACCGUUCGAAUCACCCUGGUUGACAACUAUCAAGGGGAAGAAAAUGAUAUAAUUCUAUUGUCUCUCGUGAGGAGCAACUUGGAAGGAAAUAUCGGCUUUCUGCGGACUGAUAACCGAGUAAACGUUGCUUUAUCGCGUGCCAAGAAAGGACUAUUCAUAGUUGGAAACAUGGAUGCGUUGAGUUCUGCCAGCGAAUUGUGGAGGAAGAUGAAGUGUGUGUUGGAGAAGGAGAAUCAGAUCGGAAGUGCAUUACCUCUGCGCUGUCAAAUUCACCCGGAUCAGGUCAUUUCAGUUUUCAAUCCUGAUGAUUUUCCUUUGGUUGGGGGAUGUUCCAAAUGUGCGAGAACAUUACCUUGCGGUCACAUGUGCCGGAAAAUUUGCAAGGAACCCUGUGGGGACUGCGGCGUGAAGGUCGACAAAAAGAUUCCCGACUGUUCCCAUUCCGUGACGUUAAAGUGCUCCGAAGUGCCUGAUAAGUCUGACUGCCUGAUGAAAUGCGAAAAGAGCUUGCCUUGCGGACACAGGUGUCCAUAUAGUUGUCGCAACGUUUGCACCACGAGAUGCCGUGUUUUGUUGGACGCUGGUAAGGUUGGAAGGUGCGGCCAUCGAGUGAAACUGCCAUGUCAUAUCAAAAAUGGUGGCAACAUCUUGUCAGAUGAAGAUGAAAUGGAACAUUGUGAUCAUCCCUGUGGGGAAAUUCUGUCAUGCGGACAUAAGUGCGUUGGAACUUGUUCCAAGUGUCUUCAAGGCAGGAUCCAUGCGCCGUGCGGUGAGCCUUGUGGAAGGCAACUUGUGUGUGGACACGUUUGCAAAGUCGCUUGUAGUUUGAACUGUCCGCCCUGCAAAGAAAAGUGUGAGAAUUCCUGCCCACAUUCUGCCUGUAGGAAGCGGUGCGGGGAACCGUGUGUUCCAUGUUUGGAAAAAUGCCAGAGCAGUUGUCAACACAAGCCCUGCAAAUUGAAGUGUUCAGAGGACUGUGGCAGAGGCGAGGAUAAAUGCAACGAGCCUUGCAAAGUGAAACUUGGUUGCCGUCACAAAUGCGUUGGACUUUGCGGUGAAGACUGCCCGCCAUGUCGGCGAUGCUGUGGAAAGGAAGUGGAAUUCUUCGACUUGGUCAUGAACGAUGUUAGCCAAGAAAAAGAUGACAGGUAA